AUGAAUGUGAUCGAGUGGGCAUUCGGAAAGCGCAUGACACCGGCAGAGCGCCUGCGCAAACAUCAAAGGGCUCUCGACCGAACGCAGCGUGAAUUGGAUCGGGAGAGGACCAAGUUGGAAAAUCAGGAGAAGAAGUUGGUACAAGACAUCAAGAAGAGCGCCAAGAAUGGUCAGGUUGGAGCCUGCAAGAUCCAGGCCAAAGACCUAGUCAGGACCAGGCGGUACAUCCAAAAAUUCUAUCAAAUGCGAACACAACUUCAAGCAAUUUCCCUGCGCAUUCAGACCGUUCGCAGCAAUGAGCAGAUGAUGCAGUCAAUGAAAGGCGCAACGAUGCUAUUGGGUAGUAUGAAUCGACAAAUGAACCUCCCCGCGCUGCAGCGAAUUGCCAUGGAGUUCGAACGAGAAAAUGAUAUUAUGGAUCAACGACAAGAAAUGAUGGAUGACGCAAUAGACGAGGCAACUGGGAUGGAGGGUGAGGAGGAAGAAGGGGAAGACAUUGUCAAGGAAAUCUUGGACGAAAUAGGUGUCGACCUUGGCCAGGCGCUGGGUGAGGCACCUACAGACAUACAGAAGACUGCAGUUGGCGAAACCCGAGUUGCGCAACCGGUUGGCGCUGGGGGAAGUUCAGCUGAUGACGAUCUGCAAGCGAGGCUGGACAGCCUUCGAAGAUGA